UAUAUGCAGCUUAUCGGCAGCUUCAUUCAUCUCGCAGCACUAGACCGGUAUGUGCAUCAUAUACCUACACGUGCUCGGGUCACUCAGCUAGUAGCAUCCAGUUUUAUCUAAGUAGUGUUGAAACAAGCAGCGGAUAACCAUCAUGGAGUUCCAAACGAAAACAUUCCGCAGAUUAGGAUUCAUUUACGCCGUACUUUGUUUCAUCGGCUCCUCAUUUGGAGUGGUUAUCUUUUUCAAACAGUUGGUGGAAUAUGAAUCUUUUUGUGCAAAAGUAUUCUGCGGAGGAAACGAAUUCAUGAUCGUUACCACCAUCAAGAUGCUCGUGUUCGUACUAUCCGCGACAGUUUCUGUGUUUCUCAAACUAGCAAUCGAUGAAACUGAACUUACCUAUAUAUACAUCUUCAAGGCGUUUAUGAUUACGAGAAAUCUCGUCCUGCUUGUCCGUUGGUCAGUCGAAAGUGCCAGCCUUAAAAUUGCACAAAUACGUGAAACCGACACACCGAUGGUUCUUCUGGAAGAAGAAUUAUCAAAAGUAACCCUUUUGCUACUAUCGAUUUCAGUUGUGUUUGGAGUGGAAAUGUGGAUCACCAAUGGUAUUCAACGGUACGUGGAACGAGCUUCGCGCGAUGAGGAAUCGCAUGAUAUUAUUUAGCGGAAUGUGAAAAAUCCAAACUGCCAUGACUCACGUUUAGUCAAUAAUUAUUUUUUCGUAAGAGUGCGUUUCAUAUUUCCAGUUUGUAGAAAAUUUCAAUAAGCGUGAAAUAGCUUUCAUUAUAACAACACUAAAAAAGCUAGGACUAGAGUUUGGUUCGACAUUAGCAAGUAACAAUAAUAUUGCCAUUAAUACGAGAAUGUGGAGUCUGACAGCCAGAAAAGAUAAUAUUCUAGUGUUAAAAAUUAUUAUUUGAUAUGAGACUUCUAGUCAUACUGCCAUAGUGAUCUCAGAAAUAAUUUGUAUUUUAUUGUAACCUAGUAAUUGUAAUAGAUACGAAUUUAUUCAUACUAACAUUUGAACUUCUCAGAAACAUUACCAAUAGCUUAUACAAUGAACAUAUCUCUUCAAAAACUCAACUGCUAAACGGACUAAACGUAUACUCGUUACAAAAUAUAUCUAACAUUGAAAAUAGUAUAAAUUAUUUUUAGUGUUAUUUAUGUUACUUUGUUUAAAGAAAUCAAAUUUUAUAUGAUCUGCAGUGAAGAUGGAAAAUAUAUUAAAUAAUAAAGUGAAGAUUGAAAAUAUAUUAAAUCAAAGGA